CCCUCCUCCCUGAGCCCCAGCCCUUGUCCCAGACCUUCCUCGGGCUGCCGGACAGUUAAGAAGAGCAGACAACGGAGAGGCUGUUGGUCACCUGCGCGCCACCAGAAUCCCAGCCCCCCUCCUGCCGAUUCUGCGUUGUUUGGAUCCAAACGAAGAUCAGCUACCAUGGGAAAAAUUCACUUGGGAUACUGGAUCUUAGUUCUUUUCAUUACGACCUGGAGUGAUGUAGGUCUCUGUAAGAAACCAAAGCCAAGACCUGGAGGGGGAUGGAACAGCGGAGGAAGCAACCGCUACCCAGCCCAGCCUGGUGGUGCUGGAGGCAACCGAUACCCUGGAUGGGGGCAUCCUCAGGGAGGUGGCAGCAAUUGGGGUCAACCCCAUCCCGGGGGUUCUAAUUGGGGUCAACCACAUGGUGGUUCUAACUGGGGUCAGGGUGGCAAAUGGAAACCAGAUAAACCGAAAACCAACAUGAAACAUGUGGCUGGGGCAGCUGCUGCUGGGGCAGUUGUGGGAGGGCUUGGUGGCUACAUGUUGGGAAGUGCCAUGAGCAGGCCUGCCAUGCACUUUGGCAAUGAUUAUGAAGACCGCUACUACCGUGAAAACCAGAACCGCUACCCCAACCAAGUCAUGUACCGGCCCGUUGACCAGUACAACAACCAGAACAAUUUUGUGCACGACUGUGUCAACAUCACAGUGAAACAGCACACCACCACCACCACCACCAAAGGGGAGAACUUCACUGAAACCGACAUCAAGAUCAUGGAGCGCGUGGUCGAGCAGAUGUGCAUCACGCAGUACCAGAAUGAACAACGCGCUGCUCAGUACAACUACAACAUAGCAUUCUUCUCUGCCCCGCCAGUGACCCUCCUCCUCCUCAGCUUCCUUAUUUUCCUGAUUGUCAGCUAAGAAGCCUUGCAAUGUUUACUUAAUGUUUUCUUAAUGUUUAUUCUCUUAAUCUUUGCAGAGAAGGAAACCCUUCAGUCUGCAAGGGCAGCCCAAAUAGCAGCAGUUUCUCAUUUCUGUGUUUGUCACCCAUAGGUUAAGGCCUCUAUCACUCACGAGCACUGGGGAAUGUACAGUAGAUCCCAGAUGCCAGGCCGCCCUCUUCCUCCAAACCAUUUUGAUCAUAUAUCUGUCAGAUCGAUGCCACCUUUAUCAGUAUCCUUUCCAAGGGAGGAGAUCAUUAAGCAAAUUCUGGUCCAUCUGGACACUUCAGUAGUGUGUAGCAAGUUGAGGCCAAAACAGAAAUGAUUUCAAAAUACCUUUUCCAAAUAGACACAACCAAGGGUCCUUUUGCUUGCUGAAAUGUCCCCUACAUGUUCCUCCCUGCCUGUAGUUCAUUAAAUUAGUAGAUACAGAAUUAGCAAACUUAACACCAGUUAUACAGCCUCAUUUCUUUUUUGUCUUAUCAGCUGUGAUAUCACAGCCAGUUAGAUGUUCUUAGGGAACUCAUUCAUACAUUUCAAUACACCCUGAUGCAUUUUCAAAAAAACAAUUUUCAUCAUUUUGAAAAAAACAAACAAACCUGGAGACUGUCUGGGCAAACCAUAGAAAUCACCCAACAGUGUGGGUCCAGGCCUAGCUGCUGAAUCUAUUUGCAGCUAUUGCUACAGAGUACUGUGAAUACUAUCUUGAAUUUCAUAAUGGGAUGCACUCAGCAGAGGCUGCACCAAAAAUAUAUCCGGCCCAGGGGCCCGGUCUAUUUGUCAGUGGUAAAACGAGCAUAAUUCUGUAAACUGUAUCCUGUGCUAUGGAGACUGUGCUUCUGGGUAAUCCACAAUUUGGAAAGUAGUGUUACUUUUAAGGGAGUGCUUUGUUGUCAUCUCAGACCAUUUUGAUAUGUACAUUUUGUUCAAACCCAGUAUAAACCAUGUCAACCAGAGCAUUCCACCCAAGAACAUGAAAAUACAAAGCAUUUGGAGAGGAAACCCUCUCCAAAGCUAGCAAGUGUCACAGUCCAGGCGGCACCUUGGCUGGGUCUAUUUGCCUGCAAGCCCACAGAGGUGCCAGCAUUGAUAGGGUUAAAGCAAGGUCUGAUUAGCCCAGGGGAAUGGACAUCGGUUAAAGUGUAAUUUGCCUUUUAGGAUUUAAGGAGACAGUCUGGUGAGUUUAUAAACGAAAGAAGCUUGUGUAGCUUCUUUUUCUCCUGUUUCAAGACAAAGUAGCAACUAUACUGGAUGAACUCUUAAAAUCAGAAUAAAAGAAGAAUCCUUCAGAGGGAAGGUUUGGAAGAAAUGAGCGCUUUUUAAAAAAUUUAAUCAAAUCUCAAAAACAAUAUCUCAGAAAAGGUUGGGAGGGGGGAGAAGACAGGGAGACGAUCUGUCUAAAUGAUUUUUGUUUGAAUUGUGAAAAAGUUGUUCACAUAGAGUAAAUUAUUAGGUUAUUGUUGUCACUAUUCUGCAUUGUGAUUGGCUUGCAAUGUAAAGGUAGUUUUUGUAAUCAGUAAAUAUCGGGUAUGAUAAACUAGAAAUUCUGUUCAGAACAGUUGUCACCCAGAGUAGCAUACAGUGUAUUAUGUUUCUUUCCAAGAUUCCAAAUGUCUAUUCCAUGGGGAAAAAAGGUAUCCUUAGGCUUUCAGCACCAUAUGCUGAAUGGACUCCUGCUGUGACUUGACAAUACACAGGGGAAAGUGGUCUCUGAAAUUUGCAUGCACUUAGUAAUAUAAGGACAUUUUAUAGAUUUGUAACUUCGCACGUACUUGUUUUGAUGUAUUAAAAAUUUAUAAAUGUUUAAUAUCUGACUAAAAAUUAAACAGGCAGCAGAUGAAAUAAG